UGGCUCACCUGUCCCUGAUGUGAUCCCUACAGGAGCUGGAGGACCUUUCCCAGCACCUUCCGCCGUACCUGCGGCACCUGUCCAGCGACGACGCCAAUGUGCUGGUGUGGCACAUGCUCCUGCUGCCCGACCAACUUCCCUACGGACUCAAGGCCUUCAGACUGCAAAUUGACUUCCCCAGGGAGUAUCCACUUAGGCCUCCCACUUUGAAAUUCAUCACCAAGAUCUACCACCCCAAUGUCAGUGAGGAUGGGCUGGUGUGCCUGCCCCUCAUCAGCACCGAGAACUGGAAGCCUUUAACCAAGAUUUAUCAAGUCUUGGAGGCCCUCAAUGUUCUGGUGAGCAGGCCAGAUCUGGAAGAGCCCGUGCGUUUAGAGCUUGCCGACCUCCUGACUCAGAACCCAGAGACAUUCUGGAGGAACGCAGAGGAGUUCACCCUGCAGUUUGGAGUGGACCGACCCUCUUAGUUCUGGUCCUGAGGCCUCUCUGCUUGGAUCCGCUUA